AUGCGCGUGGUGCCGGCUCCGUCGAUCUCAUGGCCGUCCAGUCGCAGUCGCCGGCGGUCUUCGGUAUCCCGGGUGCCAAGCAAAAUGGCAAUGCUGCUACGCCAGCGUGGCCGCACGGGCUCUUCCGAGUUCCUCAUGUCCGAGAAUCACAACGCGUUCGACCCCAGCUCCCGGUUUAUCCGGACAUGUCAGCAGAUCCGACUCGCAGCAAUUCUCUUCGAGCUCGCAGCCAUCCCGUUCCUAGCAGCAUUUCACCCCAAAGCCACGCGGUCGCAACUUGCCGUCGUGUACGUGUGUGAACUUCUAUUUUGUGCAGAUAUCUACGUGCAACUCAACACAGGCUACUACGAGAAUGGCAAUGUAUUACGCGACGCCCGAAAGGCGCGACGAAAGUAUCUCUCGUCACCAGCGUUCCUGGCAGAUUUACUUGCACUGGCCCCACUUUCUGUGGUAUUACCUAGCAGCACGACCGGAUCGCGCUCGAUAGCGCUGCUGGAGAUGCACAAACUUGUGCGGGUGUGGCGUCUACCCGCCCUCGCUUCGAAUCUUGAUGACCUGUACGCAAGGCAUUUUGCCGCGCUCAAGCUUACCAAGGUACUCGGGUUUACGCUGCUGUUGACGCACUUCGUAGCUUGUGGACGUUUUAGCUUUGGCUACGAUCACCCAGCGCCAGGCGGGGAAACGAAUCACUGGCUACCUCACGCCCCGCAAGACGGACACCACACUGCACGAAGACAGUAUCUGAUGUCGCUGUUUUGGGCGUUUGGACUUCUCACGGGAGGCUUCGAGGGCGAGCUUCCUCGCUACAACGCUGAGUUCGCUUUCACGAUUGUGGUCGGGCUUUGUGGGUUUACACUGUUCACGGCACUAUGCGCAACGUUCUUCCUGCUAUCCAAGUGCGAAGAUGGCGACGCAGAGCUGGCCGAGGCGCGCGUGCACCAGUUUCAGCACAUUUUGGCCUUCCAUCGGGUCCCCAUUCAACUGCAGGCACAAGCUGUGGACUACCUUCAGAGAUAUCACACACAAGCUGAAGCUAAUGACCGAGAAGCUGCGCGCCGCCUUUGUCCUUCAAUCUCGGUGGAUAUCCAAGUCGAGCUUCUCGAAGCCACUGUCGCCUUGGUGCCGGUGUUUGCCGGGUGUGACUCCAUCUUCAUUCGUGCUGUGACCCGAUUACUUGAGCUGAUUGCACUGCCGGCACGGGUUGCGCUCUUUCGCGCUGGAGAUCACGGAAAUGCCAUGUACAUUGUUCACACAGGCGUGUUACACACCGUUGUCGGUGGGGUGAAAGUGCGCGAGCUGCGCAAAGGAUCCUUCGUGGGUGAGGUUGCUGUGUUCGCUCGACAACCGCGCACUGCUACAGUCAUCACGGCUACGUAUUGUACGCUGUAUCGACUUUCACGUGCCGACGCCGACAAACUUCUCGAGGGAUACCCGCAAUACGCCAAAGUAAUUAACCACACCGUCGCCGAGAUGCUUCACAAAAGCAGCACUGUGGAGAUGCCGCCACCUCCCGCUGAUAAUGCACAAGGCGAACAAGAACCAAAGCCAAAAUUGACCAUGUUUCGCGACAACUUUUUCCAUGACAACGAGGUGAAGCCAGCCGAUGCCAUCCAUGGUUACUAUGAACAGUUUGCUCAUCUCGCGGGAUCUUCAGCACCACGUCGUCGCUGGUGGCAUCGUUUCCUCAUGGGCCGUGGUGUAGAUGCCGAGUCGAGUUGGAGAAUGUUAUGGAUUGCUGUCGUUGCUGCCGUGACUUGUUACAACUGGGUGAUGAUUCCUUUGCUUCUGUCAUUUUCCGCCUUGGACGACUUGUGGACGAGCUGGUUCCUUAUCGCGCUAAAUAUUGUGACAGAUUUCGUGCUCUGGGUCAACAUCUACGGAAGUUUGCACUUGUCCUUCUCCGUCAACUCUGAGAAGAUCUUGGAGCCCACGCGGACAGCUGAACGAUAUCUGUCAAGCGGGAGAUUCUUCCUCGAUUUAUGCUGCUCGUGGCCCUACUGGAUCUUUGUACCAGCGAAGUUCACACACCCAGCGCUUCGGCUGCCUAGACUAAUUGGAGGCUAUCGAUUGCGUGGAUAUGCUAGCGAGGUGGAAGCGUACUUCCGGCUAACUAGUCGUCACAAGCUCAUGAUGCUCGGGGUUUUGUUCUUGAUGCUGUACCAUAUCGUUGCCUGUUUGUACUUUAGCACGACGUAUCUCGACAGCUUCAGCACAGGCGAGAACCAGUGGUUGCCAUCGGAAGACGUGUACAUUGAGCGACUAAAUACUACCCACUUCGUAACGAUCUCUGGCAUUGCCCUUGCUUCCGACAGUACUCGAGUUCAAGAAAUACGAGCAGAGCAAUAUUUUCGAUCACUGUAUUAUGCUGCAAACGUGCUGGCUGCGGUCGGGCGAAUGGUCGAGCCUGCCAGCGAUACAGAAUAUGGAGCCGCAUUGAUCUUUAUGCUGAGUGGGUUUUUCAUCACCGCUAUUGUCGUGGAUCAUGUUCAAAAAGGUUUUACGGCGUCAGCGCUGGAGCAAAAAGAGUUUUUCGCGGCGCGCGCGCGCUUCCAGCGCUUUCUCAAGCGCCAGAACGCCCCGCUUUCUAUUCAUUUACGCGUGAAUUCUUUCUUGGACUUCUGGUGGUCUGCUCAUCGCGGUGCUAUCAUUGAUGAACUGCUCGAGGAUCUCCCAGGCGCCAUCAAACGCGAUGUUGUGCGCAGCAUUUGCACACCAGCGAUGGACUCGUUGGAAAUGCUGUGCAGCAAUACGACCAGCCCUGAGAGCGAUGGUGCUACUACACCGAUGCAGGAGUCGGCAGGACCGACAGUCCUCGAGCAGCUGGAAGAAAUUUUCCUGGAUAAUAUCAAGUUUGUGCUUUAUGGGCAGGGAGAGAUCAUCUACCGUCGCGGGGACUACGCCAGCGGACUCUUUUUCCUGCUGGAAGGCAAGGUGUCCAUAACGCUGGAUGGGGAAGUCCCUCGGCAUGUCCCGCUUGGUGGCUUUUUCGGGACGGCAGCACUUCAAUCGACUGGUGCUCGCGACAGACGUGAAAGUCGACGGCGCUCAAGUGUAAGGUCGACUACCGGUGUGGGGUAUGCAGAGCGUGUGACUGCCGUUAGCGGCUGCAUCGUGGUGUAUAUAUCGCGUGAACAUCUACACGCGAUGCACUGCGUGUUGCCGACAUUACCCGAAUGUUUGCGCAAGUUGGAGCAACGACUUCACGACUCGCGCGUUGCACGCUCGGCGGAUCUGAGGGCAUUCCAGCCGCGAGUCGCGCUUGGUUUGAACAACCCAACCAUGCGCCGAGCACUUCGACGCAAACAAUUGACGGGCUUUGUGGAGUUGCUGGCGAAGAAUCUGGAGUGGUGGCAGCGAGGCACAGCUGUAGACCCGGACUGGCCGUUCGUGGGGAUAUGGGAGGCCACAAUGCUAAUGGCGUCAACUCUACAAGGAACGUUGGUCAUGUUUUACAUUUGCUUCGGGGUGAAUGAGACCACGCACGGUCGCGCCUUUGCCGAUGGAGUAAUGAUCGCGCUUGAGCUGCUAUUCGUCCUGGAUGCGUAUCUCCACCUGCGCUUGGGGUUCUAUGAAUACGGUAACAAGGUGAUGGAUCUCGUCGUGAUUCAGCGCCGCUACUUGCGCUCGGUCUACUUCGCUAUCGAUAUGGCUGCUCUCGUCCCGUUGUUUAUCCUCAACUGGACUCUAACAUCAACGCGUUUGGAGGUACUCAACAUCAACAAGAUGCUCCGAUACUUCAAGGGCUCAAGCCAGUUCCGUACACUGGAGACGAAGUACGUGAAGCUCACGACGGAGCUUCGGCUCCUCAAGCUCGUCUACUAUUCCUUUCUCGCCUCGCACAUGUUCGGGUGUAUCUGGUUUGAUUUCGCAGCCCACAAGUCUGGAGUUCAUAUUGUUAUGAGCGGUGGAGACGAUUGGUCGCCAAGCUUCGGAGCUACACUGUGGGGCCCUUACAAGUCAUUGGAGUCAGGCGCGCGUGGGCUCCAAUACCUAGCAUCCACUUUUUGGGCCUAUGGUUUGAUGUCCAAUUCGAGCCAAGGUGAGCUGCCGAAGACGGUGGGGGAGUGCAUCUUCAGUGUGAUCGUGAUGACGACGGGGUUCUUCCUCUUCGCAUACGUCGUUGGUCACAUCUCCGACGUGAUUGAGCUGCAAGACUCGGAGAACCGCCAUUUCGUGGCCAAGUUGAGUUCUUUACGCCAGCUCCUGCGCCACUUUGACUUGCCACCGCGCGUUGAAGAGAAGUUCAAGAAGUAUUUCUUCUUCAAACGCUUCCACUCUAUCACGCAGGAGCACGUGCUUGAACGCGUUCUUCCCCCGUCACUGGUUGUCGAUAUGCGCAUGUUCCAGCUGCAGCCCAUGAUCGUCAAGGUGGCGUUCCUCGUCGGCAUGGAGGAUUCAGUCACGCGCAUGCUCAUAUCUCUCUUCACCCAAGUGCUGUAUGUCAAGGACGAGUUCAUCUGCCAUUUCGGUGAAGAAGGAAGCGAAAUGUUUUUCAUCUACACUGGUGUAUUAGACAUUUACAUCCCAUUGCUACCGCAUGCAGGUGGCAACGGGGCGGGUGGUCGCACUGUCGCCUUCCCAACCGCUCCUUCUGGCGCUCGAGUUAGCCUCAGCGGAUUGCGGAAAGUGAAUGAGAUCACGGCCGGAAGCUACUUCGGAGAGGCGGCCCUAUUCACGAAUACUCCGCGUAAUGCGUACGUGAAAGCCAACACGUCAUGCAUCCUCUACAAGCUGUCGCGCCAUUCAUUGGAGUUGGUGUUCGUACGCUACCCUGAAUGGCAGCAAAAGGUAUUGCGAAUUGUCAAGAUUCAGCAGCAGCAACAACGAUUGCAACGUCUUGCCUACGAGGCGCAAGCUCCCGAUGGUGGGCCCGCUAAUCGUCGCCGUGGACUCCGGCGAACCGCGUCACGUAUGGACCUGGUCAAUGCUCGGGCGGAGAACAUUGAGCAGCUCCUUCUGAGUCACCGAAAGGGGCCAAACUCGACAGAGGACGCCCCUCGCCGGUUAAAGACUUGGAUUAUCCAGCAGUGGCGAAAGCUCCGGGCAGCGAAGUUGGUCCUACGCUGGGUGGUUCCAGCGUUGCGUUCGCUACAGGAAAUAGCGAAGCAGCUCGCACAUGGCGCAGAGAUUCAGAGCCUAUUCUACCUUCAGUGGAUGAGACUUUUAUCUAUCUGCACAGUCUACGUGGCUGUGAUGAUACCUUACCGCCUAACGUACGACUCACUCGACAGGUGGAACGUGAUUCCCGUGUGCUUGCGCAUUAUUGAAGCGCUGUGUGAGGUGGUCUUCUGGGUGGAUAUCUGGUUUCAAUUCCACAUGCGAACAAACCAAGCAGCCAUGGAGCUGUACGAGCAGGACCAGCUCGUGGGGUACAAGCGCGAACGUUUAGCUCUCGAUCUAGCAGCUACGUUCCCGUUAAACCACUUCGCCACAAGCUUUUCGAGUGGACCAAGUCGACUGCUACUUUGUAAAUGGCUGCGCCUCAACCGCUGCUUGAAAGUGGUCAACCUCGUGUACUACCGCAAUGAGAUCACGCGUCGUAGCGUGUCAUACGAGGUGAACCGCGCCCAAACGCUCUGGCUGUUGUACCUGCUGGCAAUGUUUUGGACUUCGUGUGCUUACUUCGCAGUUUCGAUUUACGAUGGCUUUGGUACCGAGUGGCAGAACUGGCUGCCGUCGUCUUUGCUGGAUUCGGAUGACCCAUCGCCCGAGUUGCUGAUGAUGAGACUCUUCCGAGGUUUGUCUUUUGCGGUCACGGCUUUCGUGAAGAAAAGCAGAACAUUUGUACCGGCCUCGCAGCUUAACUUUGCGUUCACCAUUGUGAUCUCAUUCGUCGGCCAGCUUAUCAUGGCCCUCAUGAUCGCGGAGAUGGCCAACGUGUUUUUGCUAUACAUCGACAACGAGGUCCAGUUUCGCAAGAACCACCUCAUUGUUGAACGCUCCUUGGCUCGAUGGAAAGUCAGCACGGCGCUGAAGCAGCGCGCUGAUAACUUCCUUACGUCGUGGUGGUCUUCGCACGCAGGCGUCGACUACCAGCUUAUAUUCGAAGACCUACCAGCGAGCGUUCGAACCGAGGGUAUCAUGGUCAUCGCCAAACAACCGCUCAGUUUGUUUAUGUAUCAAGUGUUUCGACCGCUUAUCCGCGGAGGCAUUCACGGCGAUGGAGACGCUGAGAGUGGAGACGCUAACAAGGGCGAGGAAAAAGCUGAGGACAAGGGUGCGGGUGCUGAAGAGGUUGAAAAGCCGGACUAUGGUGUGACGUUCCACAUCGCAAACCUCACGUACUCGAUAGCGAAGUGCCUUCGCUUCGAAGGAUAUCCACGAGGAGAAGCAGUCAUUGUCGAAGGCAGCGUGUGCAAGGCCAUGUACUUUGUGGUUCGAGGCUACCUGUUGUCCAAGAGCGUGUCCAACCCACUCAUGUACCCCGCUAACCGCUACAGGGGAGGUGACUAUAUAGGAGAAAUCGGGCUGCUUGGCCACUCCGUGAGCCUCAUGACGGUUACAACCAUCCGCGCGUGCGACCUGUUCGUACUGAAGUCUGAGCACCUGCUACAAGUGCUUCAGUCGCACCCGUACUUUAGUCUGGUACUUGCAACUGCGCAGCUUGCGGUACAGCAGAAGAAGAGUACGAGUGAGUUCGUUACCGAAUGGUUCAGUAGCAACGAUGACGACGAAGAGAUUGAGAGCAGUGCUAGCAGUGGCGAUGACAGCGAUGAAGACGAAGAAGAAGACGAAGAUGUAGUCGACGAGGCCAACGCAAACGGUGGCAUCGUGAGUGAAGACAUGAAACUGAGGCGAGGGAGCCAACAGCUAAGGCGGGCGCUGCGAGGAGCAUCUCCGGAAGUUAUGGAGGCGUGGGAGAACACAUUCGAGCUUUUCAUGGAGCUACUAGAGCCCAAGGGGAGUAUGGGCGUCGCAGAAAUCCAAGCUGAUUGCUGA